GUGUGUUUGAGCCUCUGCCUGGCCACGUGUUGUGAUUACAGCUGUAGGUAGUCCUUUGUUCCUUCCUCUCUGGAUGUAUGGAAGCUUGGAUUCCCAAAACAGGCUGAGUUGCCUUUUUUAGUUCCACUCCACUGGAAAGAGAUAUUUUAAACCCAGGAGAAGAGGUUAUUACUCUUUAAGAUGAUUUUUUUACUUCUGGUGGAUUGAUCCAAUGUGGAAGUUACUGUUACUGUAUAUAGACAUCAUGGUGUACAGUUAAAGACUUCUGAGCAUAUUGACAGUAGCAAACCAAGAUAAUAUGCAAUCAAUCAAGCAAGAGAUGGACUCCAGUGAGUCCUACAGUGGAGACGAUGCCUUGGUCCUAGCUGUGGCCUUACAAGGGGGUAACAGAGACCUAAUGGGCCAUAAAAUCUCUGCUAUGCCAUUCAAGGCUAAAACUACCUGUCGCAGAAAAAGGGAGUUUAUCCCAGACGAGAAGAAAGACAACGUUUACUGGGAGAGGCGGCGCAAAAACAAUGAAGCAGCCAAGCGCUCCAGAGAGAAGCGGCGCAUCAAUGACAUGGUGCUGGAGAACAAGCUGAUGGCUCUGGGAGAGGAGAACGCCUCCCUCAAAGCUGAGCUGCUGUCACUCAAGCUGAAAUUUGGUCUGGUGAGCUCGGCAGCAUACGCACAGGAAGUCCAGAAGUUAUCCACCACCGCCAACCUCUAUCAGGAGUUUGUCACACCUAAUGAUGGCCAUGCUUCUUCUAGCAGGGAUUUGGAACCUAUUCACCUACGCAGCAGCUGCAUAUCAGUCAUCAAGCAUUCACCUCACAUGCCUGAGACGUGUACGGCAACUCAGGGUAGCUUAACUGUCUGCAGGAACACAGAGGUCAAGCCAGAACCAGCAGAGAAUGGCACUUAUGCACAGGAGAGGAGCAGUCCCUAUGAACUCUAUAGGAACUACAUGGCCAGCCCUUUGUCCAGAGUCUACUCCCAACCUGCUUCAUUCCUGCAGAUCACCAGGUCAUCCAGUAACUCUCCCAGGAGCUCAGACGAUGGUGCUGUAAGCAAAUCAUCAGACGGUGAGGAUGAGCAGCAGGUCCCCAAAGGUUUGAUUCCAUCUGUAGCUGACCCAAGGAGCGUCAUCGUCUCCACACACAAAGUGCCAGAUGCAAGUUGUUCAGCUUUGCCCCAUAAACUACGGAUCAAAGCCAAAAGCAUCCAAAUCAAAGUGGAGGCCAUCGACCCUGAAUACGAGUCAUCCGGAAAGUCGUCCUCUCCCAUUAACAUUUUAGAGGGGAGAUGCUAUCAGACCAGUAAGGACUCUUCAGAGUACACUCAGUCUCCUCUCUGCCCUUUGUCAGUACAGGUCACCAACAUGCAAGACUGGAGCCAGCAGUCUGAGCAGUGGCACAAAAGCAGCACAGAAACACUGCAAGAUGGCUGUAAGAGAAGCAGGAGAAGCCUGAGCCCCGUGUCUAGCAAAACCCUUGUGGAUGUAAAAGAACCUUCCUAUGCACACUCAGACACUGAGGACUUGUAUCUAAAGCAGGGCUUUGCCAACCUGUCUGCUAAAGUGGCCUCUCUGAAAAGACUCAUCACAACACAGCAAGGGACUGUGAUCGAGUCAAUCAAAAGCACCAGUGAUCAUCACCAGUCUUUAUCAAAAGGUUGUUUCCCUGAAUGACUUUUGUAUGUUCUGCAUUUCCACUGUAUUCGCUGUUGCACUGUGUGGUUGAUAUUAGAGUUAAGCAAUGUUUCCAUUACUGUAUAUUUUCAAAUAUAAGGUGUUGAAAUGAGUCAUGAACAGCUGAUCACUAAUAACAGCU